GUAAACACGUGUCUCUCAUUGAAUGGGAAUAUUCAGUCGAGAAUUUCCUUUUAAAUGCAAUGAGCGUUUUUAGACAUCACAAAAAGAAGAAAUGAACGGUUUAAAUUUAAGAAUUGUUGGAGAAAGGUUGAAGAAAUCAUUGAAACAAGAUACUAAGGAGGAUCUGAAUUCUAUAUUAAAAAAAUAUGGGGAAGAUAUUCAAGAAAUCAAAUUUCUAUAUGAAACUAAUUCCAUGGAAGAACAGAUUUCUGUCUUGAAAAAAGUGAUGACUGAACUAAAUAAUGGCUCUAUUAAGGAAAAUGCUGAUAAACUUUUAGAGUUGUAUAUAGACAUAUUAAUAGAAACUGACAUAAAGAGCCCACUAAAAAUACCUGUUUUACGGCUUUUGAUGAAUGUCACUGACAAUUUGAAACCAUUGGUUGGAUCCAAAUUUAAGACAAAAAUUGCAAACAAAAUUUUGAAUGUGGAUAAUAUUGCUGAAAUAGCAGAGUGUGUAUCUAUGUUGAUUUUCUGUUUGGAGAAUUCAGAAAACAGUGAUUUUUCCCUAGUCAGUAUUAAAGAAUCUGUAUUGGACUAUAUUGAAAAAAGUCUUCAGUACUGUUUGAACAAUUUGAACAAAUCAGAACCACCUACACAAGUCCUAGCAAUUUUGAAUUGUAUUCACAUAUGCACAAGGUGUGCGAUAAAUCUUCUACAAAAAACAAGAGUAAGUCCAAAUUUAAACACGUUGAAUCUAGUUAUCAAAUUGAUGAAACACGAUCAGCUUCCUUUGGACACAAAAUCCAAUUUUGGAAUACUCUGUGUGAUGAUUUUCACGAUGAUCUAUGAAAGAUUCGAAUGGGCAGAGCUUGAAAAUAUGGUAAAUUCGACUGACGAUCUCGAUCAGCUUUGUGUAAUAUCUGGUAUGUUAAACUCACUCUCAUUUGAUGAUUUAAACUCAGCCUGGGUUUACAAGGGUGAAGAAAAUAGUGUGCUGGCAUGUGUAGUUGAGAUAAUACUUGAUGUGGAAGAAAAAAAUUCUGCAAAUUGUGGGUUGGUUCUUACAUGUAGCCGAUGCUUGCUAUUAGCUACAAAAAGCAUAUUAGCUCACCCUGCACUCAUUACGGAAAGCCUCGUUUUAAAACUUUUGUCACACAUUUGGCUACAUUUAGAGCAUAGCAUGGAUGCUGUAAGACAUUUAGCAUCAUCAACAUUAUCUAAUUUGGUCGCCAUAGGCAAGAAGAGUGAAAACAACUUUAUAUUUCAUUCCAUUGUCAAGGAUAUUGCCAAUAUCCCGAUAGACAAAAGAUCAAACAACACCGCCCUAUCAGCAUUGAUUGGAUCGAUUCCCGUAGCAGAUUUACUAUCAAAUUCACCUGGACUUAUUGACAGCUUGCUUCUCUCUAUUAGAAACAGCACAAGUGUCAACCAUGCAACUAGCUCUUUUGAAAAUCUGAUGAAGCAGCAUUUCAAAGAGAGGAAUGACUUUAAUGAAUGGUACUCGCUUUGGGUACUUCCAGUUUUGAAUUUUUUAUUACCAGAGCCAAAUGCCGCCCUUGAGCAUAUAAUGACUACCGCUAUAAAAGUGCAUAAUGGUGUAUUUGAAAAUGCUCUUAAGGAUGUAGAAAAUCCAUCAUGGCCAUUUAACCUUACUUUACUUAUAAUGAGAAUAGGAAGAAAAUGUGGUUUGCUCAAUGGUAGAAGAAAUACUAUUGAUCAGUGGAAAGGAGUGCUGUCAUAUCAGACUAUUUUUGCUUGCAUUAAAGGACGAGAUGAAGACAGAGUAUCCACAUUUGCGCUUUUAACAGAAACUCAAAAAAGCACUGAGCUCUUUGAAGAAAGUGACUUUUCAGUAAUUAAAUAUUUUCUUAAAUAUGACAUAAAUUGCCAAAGCUUGACAAUUAGGCAGAAAAGUUUUGGCAUUUUCAAAAAGUUUAUCACUAGGUUUAAAGAUAGUUUAUCAACUUGUGAAAGAAGUGUUAAUGCAAAAGAAUCAACAAGUGUGUCAACUGAUAAGAAAACACUAGCUGUUUAUGAAAGCUUCAAGAAAUGGUUGAUUAAUUUUUUAGUUGGCAACCUUUUUCCUGGCGCAAACUUUGCAAGGAGAGGAGCAGCACUUUAUUUACUGAGUUUAUGUGAUGAAAAAGGCUUUUGGAAAAUAGAAACACAAAACGAAAGCUAUGUAAAAAGCCUCUUGCAUUGCCUUCUUGAUUCAUAUGAAGCAAAUAAAGCUCUAGCAAAAAAGUUACUCCUGAAAUUACCACUAGAAAUGCUCAAAUUGGAUGAUGAGGCAUAUGUGAAAUCUUUUUUGAGCAAUUCCAUAUCUUUGGCAUCUAGUAUAAGGCCACCGGAUAGUAUAUCAGCAGCAUAUUUUGUGAGUCUUUUGAUCUCAGUUCCAACAGUUGAUGACAUCUUAAAAAAAGAAUAUGAAAAUGCAAUCCAAAUUCCAAAUUUGAAGCAGGAGCUGGGAGCAUACAUUUGUUUAAAGCUCUUACUGGAUCAAUUACAAAACGAGUUAACAUUAGCCAAAAAGAGCUUGCUCAAAGCUUCUUGCUCAGGACCAAUGUACGGACUUAUAUUUGUGAUCAGGCAUAUUUUCCACGAAGUUAAUUUUAAAACAGUUCAAGAUGAUGAAUGUUGGAAAGCACUCACCAAUGAAAUAAUUCAAACAACUUUUGAAUGUGACAAAACAGUUGCGUUUGUUGUAAACAAUUCAUCUCCUGAGGGAAUGCUCCCUAUGGAUUUCGAUUAUGAUGUGAGCCAGCUAGGCAGUGAUGAAGAAAUGCCACAUGUAACUUCACAAAUGGUACUCUUGUGCUGUUGGAGGACUGUUAAAGAAGUAUCGCUCCUUCUAGGUGAACUCGCUCAAAAUGCACCUAUUUCAUCUGAGGAAUUUAGCGGGCUUAUCAGUGAAGAUCAGGUUUUGAGCAUUGGCGAUCACUUAACAGGGCUUCUUUCAGAAACAAAGCACAGAGGGGCAUUUGAACAGGCCUAUGUAGGCUUCUGCAAGCUAGCCUCAAGAUUGUGGAGAUACCCCAAAGGCAACCUUCAUCAGCUUCCUUGUAAAUGGAUGGAUGAAACGUUAAAUGAGAUAUCGACAAAUGGAGAACUUAGUGCCACAAGGCGUAGUGCUGGAAUUCCAUUUAUUGUACAGGGUCUAGUUUGUACUGAGUUGGAUGUAGGAGGUGGAAAGUGCUUUCACAGAGGGAUUCAAACUUUGCUCGAAUUAGCUCAAAACAAGCAAAGCACAGUUGAAACAAGAGCACAUUCCUUGAAUAUUUUAAGAGCUCUUUUUCGACACAGUCUACUUGGAGAAAUGGUCAGUCCCUAUGUCGACAAGGGAUUAGCUGUUGCAAUCGAUGGGUUUAAUUCUAACACAUGGGCUGAGAGAAAUUCAUCCACUUUAUUGCUAAGUGCGCUGGUUACAAGAAUUUUUGGUGUUCCUCGUUCCAGCGAUUUAGAAAAUUUGAGCUGGAAGAACAAAAUGACUGGAAGGAUUUUCUUUUUGAAGUAUCCAAUGUUAUUUGAUGUACUGUACAAACACUUAGAAGCAGCGGCAAAAUCAUAUUUAUACCCUGCUAUCAAUCCUGUAUUAUUGAUUCUUGGAAGAUUAUAUCCAUCUUCCCUUGAAGGAACUGAUUCUAAUUUACAGCUCAAUAAUUACAUUCCGCUUGUAUCUAAGUGUGCUUCAAGUCCUAUUUUAAAAACAAGGUCUCUAGCAGCAUUUGCUAUCGUUGCACUUAUAACUCCUAACAAUUUUGUUCAACACAUUGACAAAUGUUUCGAAGAUAUAUACAAUUCUAGAAAAGAGAAUUUAUCCCAUGGUUUGCUUUUACAGGUUCUUAAACUUAUCAGGCAUAUGCCAGCAGAAUGUAUUGAAAUGGUGCAACGUAGGAUCCAUGUUUGGAUGCUUGUACUCCUCCAUACUCUUGAAUCUGGAAGGCACUGCUACACAGUAAAAGAAUGUUGCUUGAAAAUUGCGUACCAAUUUGCUUUACUGUUCUAUGAAACCAUUUCAAAGGAACAUUGGAACAAACUUUUUGGCAUUUUAGAGCAGAAUUUGUUUUGCCCUGAUAGCAUAAUUGACCUCGUUUUUCCCGACUUUGGGUGCAGUGGUUACCUAACUCACUGUGUAAUUCUUUUAAUUACAUUGUAUUACAAGAGAAAAUCUGCAAAAUUACUAACAGAGAAAGUCACAUAUUUGAUCCACCAUCCAGAAUAUAUUGUAAUGCAUGUAUCAUUCCAAUUUAUAAUUACUAUUUUGGAGGGAAAUAAUUUGUUUGAACAUAAAGAUAUUAAUGAUAUGGAUCCUCUGAAACUGGACAGUUUUGAAUUAAAUUGCGAACUGCAAGAGGAGCUUCUUUCCUAUGAGAAGUUAGCAAUGAGUGUGGUAGAUAUGCUUGAAACCAGGAGCCAUCAUGAAGACAAACAGAUUAUUCUAAAAGCGAUUAAAUGUCUACCAGAAUCAUUUUUACUAAUUGGGGAGAAAAAUAAUCAAACUGUAAUUGAAUAUUUACAAAAUGUUUGUAAUGAUGAGCCAGAAUCAGUCGGUGCUCUUUCAUUGGAUUGCAUCAUGGCUUUCCUAAGAAAUAAGGACAAUAUAUUCACAAUCACUAAAAGUGAUUUUAACAUAGUUUGUAAUCUUGUUAAAGAAUAUUCUCACUGUGAUGCAGAUUUUAAAAGCAGGAAAUCUGUCAUGCUUUUGUUUAAUGAUCAAUUCAAAGAUCUUGUUAAACAAUCCCAGCCUACAAACGCAUUUAUUAUAUUAAAUACAGAAUUGAAAUUGUUAAAUGAUGAUGAAGAAGUAAUAAGAAGGAGAAAUAAUUCAAAUGAACUAAGUACACUUGAAAAUUUCUUCUGUGAACUGUGUAGUAGUUAUAGUGAUGAAAUUGUCAUUGCUUGUUUACUUUUAACCUGGGCGCUAGGCGAUUGCAGUCUCGAGGAAGUAUACAUUGAUGAAAACUCGGAUCGAGUUUUUGAUAAAGGCGAUCGAAAUUGUUACAUGGAAGAAGUUUUCAUAAACUAUGUUUCUUGCCAUAAAUUGUCAGAGGUUGUAAAAACAAACAAAUCGAUAUUAAAUCAACAAAUCCCUCCUUAUUUGCUCGAAUGGAUCAAUGAACAGACUUGGCUAAAUACCAAGUCUAAUUCAAUCCAAAAUAUUGUAGAUGAUUUUAAAAACACAAUUAGCAGCAUUUGUAAUUCGGUAAAAAAGCCAUCGCCAUUCAGGCCAAUGGAAACCAAGCUCUUCAUGAUGGAAAUUAAGUUGAAAAAUAUAGUUGAAGCUAUUAAUGGCAGUUAUGAAGAAGAAUUAAUUUUGAUGUUUAAUCAAAUGUGAAAUGUGAUGCAAACAUGUGAUAUUGUAAAUAUGUUAUAUUUUUUAUGGUAAAUAUAUAAUAUUAAAGAUGA